AUGAGCUCACAGGGGUUUUCUUUCCCGCCUCCGCCGCCUCCGCCGCCUCCGCCGCCGGCAACUAACCAGGCGCCGGCUCACCACCCGACCCAGCGUGGACAGAAUUGGGGUGGACGCGGCGGACAUGACGGAGGUCAGAGGGGACGUGGAAGAGGACAGGGAAACCGAGGCCGAGCAGGAAACCAUGCAGAAAGUGGACGAGCGCCCUCAUAUCUUCCCCCUACAGCUUUCAACUACGCGCAACCAACGUAUGGCGGAUAUCCUCAACCUCUUCCCACGGCACCUUAUAUGCCUCCCCAGCCCUACCAUCAUGGACAAACCCCGGCCUUUCAAAAUCCUCAAAACUCGCCCCCUUUUCCAUCUCAACAAUAUCAGCAGUCGAUAGCUCCGGGAAACUACCAACACUACAAUACGCCCAACCUUCCUCCACCUUACCCUCCCACAACUCCGGCAUACAUGCAAGGUCUACCAGCACCUCCCCACGGCCAUCAACCAAACAACCAAGCAAUGAUGCCCCCAAUCUCAUGGCGUAAUGAGAUGCAAGGUACGGCGCCAUACAUGGGGGCUCAGCCGGGGCAAGCACGAGGGCCACGACCUCAUCCGCAUGGCAAUCAGGGUCCGAAACCCAAGCCUGCCCAGAAGCGGGACCACUCGUCUGCAUUCAACAAACCUCAAUCAACUGCACCUCGGACUCCCGCUGCGCCUGCCGUCCCGAGCUUCGGCAACCCUCUGCCCUCGAAGCCACCGCCCGCCGCAGACUCGACAAGCAACAGAAAGGCAAAAAAGAGGAAAAGGAAGCACAACCAACUUGGAUUGACCCCUAAUACCGAGGACCACGAGUCAAGCGAAGAAGAGGUCGAUGAAGAUGAAGAAUCAAAGCUGGCACAAGGUGGAUCUGACGCUGCACCACUUCAGGUCUCAUACAAAGGAAGAACAUCUUUGUUGCAGACACCGUCCGAUAUUGCCGCUUGGAUUGCAGAGCGGAGGAAGAAGUUCCCCACGCAAGCUAGGGUUGAAGAAAAGAAGAAGUCAAUGGAGGAGGCAAAAGCAGCCCGCGAGGCAGCCCGUCAGCAAAAGCAAAAGGAGCAACAGGACAAGCGGAAAGAGCACAUACAAAAGCAAAAGGAAAAUAAGACAGAUUCCACAGAUGCAACGACAAACGCGCAGCGCAGAGAGAAGAUUCGGCGCAACCUUGAACGAGAGGAGAAACGAAUCCAAAAAGCCAUGGCUGAGACCGAAGCCGCUCGUCUCCGAAUGGAAGCUCUACAGAAGGAGGCAUUGAGCCUAAAUGCAGACUUUCCUGAAGAUACCGAAGAUACGGGUGUCACAUCUGUCCCGAACCCAGUUAUCAAAACUGAACUUGCAAACCCGGUGCCAGACUCAGAGCCAGCCCUCAAACCCGAACCCGAAGACACGGUACCGGAGCCAGCCACUAAGACUGAACCCGAAACUGGGUUGCCAGAGGCAACGACAGAAGCUGAGCCCCAUGGCCCAAUUCCGGAGCCCGCUCAAUCAGCCGUCCCCACCUCCCACGCGAUAGAGCUGCAGGGAGAUCCAGGGGUCUUGGUCGAGUCAGAUAAUCUCGAGCACACAAUCAAGACCGAGCACCCCACCGACCAUGGCUUGGAUGACAUGGAGCUAGCAUCGGAUCCCGGGGCCAGUGAUUGGACCUCCUCGAGUGCUUCUAGCUCAGAUUCUGACUCCGACUCUGACAGCGACGACUCCGCGCCAGAGCAAGCAACUUCACGUCGCACGGGACCAGAGCGAGUGCCGCCCCCACCCCGCGAGGGAAAAAAGACCGUCUGCCGUUAUUUCGCACGUAAUGGGCAUUGUAACCGUGGCGACCAGUGUAAAUUCCUUCAUGAGAAUGACUCUGAACGAAGCUCGAAGGCCAAGACAAAGCCUGAAAAAAAGGAGAAAGAGACGAAACGCAAGGGACUUUAUCAAGCUUUGCUGGACCAACAGAAGCAAGACGAUGACCGCCGCGCGAUGGAAGUGAUCUGCUGGCUAGGUCAGAACAAUAUGUUUGAGGAACGCCCCACAUGA